CUUUUAUUCUUCUUCUCCUCCUCCCCCCUUCUUCCUCUCUCUCUCUUCCUUUCUCUUUCUUCCUCUCAAACUCUCCUUUUUUCUCUUCCUUUUUCUUUCCUUUUCUUUUGUUCCAUAUUUUUGUGAUACCCCUUGAGCUGCCUGUCAUUGUGCAGACAGCUCUUUUUUGUCCCUGUACAGGAGCCUGUGCAGAGAUUUUCUUCUCUUGAGGACCUGGGACUAUCCCCUUAAUUCAUCAGUACAUAAAAAUUUGGUUACAAAAGCAUUGGGUUUUUCUUUCACAAUGGAUCAGCAACGCUUUCUCCAGCAGUUGCAGAUUGUCCUGAACCCCUCUCAGGGCAAUGUCAAGGAAGCAACUGGGGUGCUCCAACGCGAGUACUAUAACAAGCCCCAGUCCCUGGUUCUUCUGAUCCAGGUGGCUACCGGCCAUGAAGACCCCAACCUGAGACAGCUGGCCGCUGUGGAGGCCCGCUCGUUGGUGAACAAGCACUGGGUUAAGAUCCAGCCCAACGAGAAGCCUCAGAUCCGCGAGCAGCUGCUCCGCUCCUCCAUGGGCGAGAGCGAGCCUCUGGUCCGUCACUCGAUUGCGCGCAUCAUCUCCGCCGUCGCCAAGGUUGACCUGAACGACGGCGAGUGGGCCGAGCUGCCCAACUUCCUGAUCCAGGCCGGUGGCAGCGGCAACAAGGAUGAGCGUGGCGUGGGUAUCUACAUCCUCUUCACCAUCCUGGAGACGCUGGGUGAGGGCUUCGAGGAGAAGUUCCAGGACCUGUUCAACCUCUUCGGCAAGACCAUCUGUGAUCCCGAGAGCGAGGAGGUCCGUGUCAACACCCUCCUUGCUCUGAGCAAGCUGGCCAUGCACCUGGACUCCGAUGAGGACGAGGCCCCCGUCAAGGCCUUCCAGCAGCUCGUGCCCCCUAUGGUGGCCGUGCUUAAGGAUUCCAUCGACCAGCAGAACGAGGACCGCGUCAUGCAGGCUUUUGAGGUGUUCCAGACCCUGCUGGGCUGUGACCCCGCCCUGCUGACCGUCCACCUCAAGGACCUGGUGGUCUUCAUGAACGAGAUUGCCGCCAACACCAACGGGGAUGAGGACACCCGCACCCAGGCCAUCAGCUUCUUGAUGCAGUGUGUCCAAUACCGCAAGCUCAAGAUCCAGGGCAUGCGUAUGGGCGAGCAGCUCACUCUCACUGCUCUGCACAUCGUGACCGAGCUGGGUGAUGAUGAAGAAGACGACGACAUCACGCCCGCCCGGUCCGCCCUUGGUAUGCUGGACAUGCUCUCCCAGAGCCUCCCCCCCAGCCAGGUCGUGGUGCCGCUGCUGCAGGCCCUGGGCCAGUACUUCAACAACAGCAACCCCGACUACCGUCGUGCGGGUAUCAUGGCCCUGGGCAUGUGUGUCGAGGGCGCCCCCGACUUCAUCAGCACCCAGAUGAAGGAGAUCUUCCCCAUGGUCCUGCAGCUGCUCGCCGACCCGGAGCCCAAGGUCCGCCAGGCUUCUCUGCACACCGUUGCUCGUCUGGCCGACGAUCUCGUCGAGGACCUCAGCCAGGAGCACGCCAGACUCAUGCCCCUGCUCUUCCAGAACCUGGCGAGUGCCAUGCAGGAGUACAAGGGCGAGGAGGAUGGCCCCAACGUUGACAUCAUGAAGGCCGGCAUCAGCGCCAUCGAUGCCGUCGUUGACGGUCUGGACGAGAAGGAUGUUGCCCCCUACCAGGGUGAAUUGGUUCCGAUCCUGCACAAGCUUUUCCAGCACCCCGAUUUCAGAAUCAAGGGUCUGGCCGCCGGUGCCAUUGGCUCUCUGGCCUCGUCUGCCGGCGAGGCGUUCCUGCCGUUCUUUGAUGAGACCAUGCAUCUCCUCCAGGAGUUCGCCACCGUCAAGGACAGCGAGGAGGAGCUGGAUCUGCGCGCUAGCGUGACCGAUGCUAUGGGUGAGAUGGCCAUGGCCGCCGGCCCUGAGCGCUAUCAGCCCUACGUUGAGCCGCUUAUGCGUGCCACCGAAGAGGCCCUUCACCUGGGACAUUCGCGCCUGAAGGAGAGCACCUAUAUCUUCUGGGGUGCCAUGUCCAAGGUGUACGUUGAGCACUUCUCUCCCUUCCUUGAUGGCGUCGUCAACGGUCUGUUUGCCUGUAUCGACCAGGACGAGACCGAUCUCGACGUCUCCCUGGGUGAGCAUGGCAAGGACCUGGUUGGCCAGGAAGUCACCAUCGGUGGCCGCAAGGUUCGCGUUGCCAGCGCCGAUGACGACGAGCCUGUCGGCGAGGAUGGUGAAAUCGAGGACGUUGAUAUUGAUGAGGAUGAGGACGCCUGGGAUGACAUCACCGCCACCACUCCGCUGUCUCUUGAGAAGGAGAUCGCUGUGGAGGUGAUUGGCGACCUGGUUACCCACACCAAGGCUGCCUUCCUGCCGUACUUCGAGAAGACCAUCGAGGUUGUGCUGCCGCUGGCGGAGCACCCUUACGAGGGUGUGCGCAAGAGCACCAUCAGCACCCUUCACCGCUCGUACGCCAUGCUCUUCGGCAUCGCCGAGGAGACUGGCCAGAUGGAGAAGUGGAAGCCGGGUCUGCCUCUGCAGGUCCAGCCUGCCAAGGAAGUCAAGAAGUUCGGUGAGAUCCUCAUGACGUGCACCGUCCGUAUGUGGACUGAGGAAGAUGAUCGUGCUACUGUCGCCGACAUCAACCGCAACAUGGCUGAGAACCUGCGCUACUGCGGUCCUGCCCUGAUCGCCAACGAGACGACCCUUCACAACGUCAUCCAGAUGAUCACCGACAUCAUCACCAAGCAGCACCCCUGCCAGAUCGAGUUCGGUCCGGAGGAGGAGUCCGCCGAGGCUGGCGAGGAGACCUCCGAGUUCGACUGGAUUGUCGUUGACACCGGUCUCGACGUUGUGUCUGGUCUCGCCGCUGCCCUGGGUGAGAGCUUCGCCGAGCUGUGGAAGGUCUUUGAGAAGACCAUCCUCCGCUAUGCCAGCAGCAACGAGUCCCUCGAGCGUGCUACCGCCGUCGGUGUCCUUGCUGAAUGCAUCAACGGCAUGGGCGCUUCGUGCACCCAGUUCACUUCCUCGUUCCUCAAGCUGCUGCUCCACCGUCUUGGCGAGGAGGACUCCCAGACUAAGUCCAACGCUGCCUAUGCCAUUGGCCGUCUGGUCGAGCACUCCAACGCCGACGCUGAGAUCAUCAAGGAGUACCCUGCGAUCCUCAGCCGUCUGGAGUCCUGCCUGCACCAGGAUGUGUCCCGUCUCCAGGACAAUGCGACCGGGUGUCUUAGCCGCAUGAUCCUCCGUCACCGCGAGAACGUGCCCCUCAAGGAUGUCCUCCCGGCCCUGAUCAAGCUUCUGCCCCUCAAGAACGACUAUGAGGAGAAUGAUCCUUUGUUCCGCAUGAUCUGCCAACUGUACAAGUGGGAGGACGCCACCAUCCGUGAGCUCACCCCCCAGCUGCUGCCCAUCUUCCAGUCGGUCCUGACUGGCGAUGCGGAGCAGCUGGAGGAUGAGCGCCGGGCCGAGCUCGUCGAGCUGGUCAAGUGGCUCAACCAGAUGCAGCCUGGAGCGGCUCCCUGGGCGGAGCAGCUUUGAGUGCACAGCCAUAUUUGAAAGAUGAUGGCUUGAUGAUUCCAUGAAUACGACAUGAUGGAUAGACUGGAUCCUUCAAAAGGAGCUGUGACGAUUUAGAACACGAUACCCUAGCACGCGGAACUUGGCCGUCCGCACAAGUGCAAUGACCCAUGCCAAAUCUAUAGAAGAUGGACUGGAAGGAAUGAUUUAUGACGCCAAAAGUUGAUUAAUAGUUGUACAUAUGGUUAGCCUUUAAUGAGGAUAGCAAUUCUUUC